GGCAUCGGAAUACAGCAGAUGAGAUUGUUGCACCCGCCCAUAGCAGUUGAGAAAAGGCAAUAGAGAAAGAAAUCGAUCGAAGAUGGAGCUAGAAACCGGAUCCAACGGAAACAUGUACCAGGUUUCAUACUCGGAAGCAAACGUGGGAAAGAUGGUGAAGAGCAGCAAGAUAAGGGUCACGUGGGACUUUUUCAGCAACGGCGGUCGGCAACACCAAGUUGUUUUGGCUUGGAGCAAAUCAACCGGCAAGCAACAAAUCACCAUGGACGGAACGGAGGUCUGGUUUGGCCGAAACAAGGGACGGAGCGUCCUCGAUCACAACUGGAAGACCCGGGACGAGAGCCUCAAGCUCCACGUGCUGGCAACCUGUGCCCCGCCCAUGAACGAACAUUUCCGAAACUACGAGCUGCUCAUAAACGGCCAGCUCUUUGCCAGUUUGCCCAGCUGCGGCCGGGAGGAUUCGAGUUUUGCGCCUUUGCUCCCAUCGGUGGGCACCGGCAAGCUCAGUUCCAUCAUCGAAAUUCUGUAUCCGAAUGGAUACACCCCGCCUCUAGACAAAGAUCAGCUGCGGCAACAGAAACAGAAACAGCAACAACAAGGGGCAAGGCUUCAGGACCUUGCACCCAGCCGCAGCAAUACUUCCUCGAAGCUAGUACCAUACAACAACAACGAGACUGUAGCACAUAGACCCAUUGUGGAUUUGUUGAUAUGAUAAUCUUCUGUCCAAACACGAAACAAGACUUAGCCUGACAACUUUGUUGUCCUGAAAGUCCGAUCAGUCGUAGUGAUACACUUUCCCAAUGUAUUCAACUAUACAGGAGACGACGUUACACAGAAAAAACGAUUCCGAGUCAGAGACACAAUCAGCCACGGGACUCAUGUCGUCGGGAAGGGAUUGGAAUCCAGGAGAGCAGUCGAUUCGUGCUCCCAAACGAAUAGGACGCGAAAUGUCACCAUUGCUGAGUUAGUAGAUAAAUAAUGGUACUUAAUGACG